AUGCAGUCUCCACGGGUCCGAGCAGCUAUGCGUGUGAUGGGCAUCAUCCCGACUGACCUGGAUGCGAAGGAGGAGGCAGACUUCGGGGGGAACCAGACCAAGCACCUGCUCUUUGAAAAGAAGCGACGUGCUUUGCUUGGACAUGUUACCACUCUGGCUGCCAGAGGGCCGCAGGGCGGUGAAGCCCAUGAUUUGGGAAGGUCAGCAGGUGACUUGAAUGCCUCUUUCUUGGAAGAGGUGUUGCGAAAGGAGAAGGAGAGCAUGGAGGUCAUGGCCAAGAUGGCAAAGAAAGACAUUCAGAAGACCGUCAUUAAGGAGCUUGAGAGCCGGAUGGAGUUUGAAAAAGGCAAGAAGAAGCAAGAGGAGAACUUGAAACGUAUGAAAGAGCUGAAAAAAGAAAGAGAUGAUAAGCUGAAGGCAGCUCAGAAGGAGGCAGAGAAGCGAAGGGAAAAGUCCAAGGAGGCGCGAGACAGAGCUGAUCGACAGCUGCAAGCACAUUGCGAAGAGCUCCGGCAGCAGCUCCGGGAGGCUGACGAGCGCGUAGCAAAGUGCCUGGCUGACAUCCGGCAAGCACACGAUGACUCCAUCGAGUCCAAGCAGGUGAAAGGCAUCGAAGCUCGGAAACAGAAGGCCGCCUUCGAAGACCUGCUGCUGCGCAAGCGUGAGGAGAUGCAUGAUGAAAUUGAGGAUAAGCAUGCAAGGAAGCGCCAGCUGAUUGCGGAUCUGCUGGGCCAGAGGGUCUCCAACAAGGAGGCCAUGCUCCAAAAGGAGCAAAUGUGUCGCCAGCGAGUGGCGGAGUUCUUGGCAAAGCAGCAGGCCGAGAACGAAGGGAAAUAUGUAGAUGCGCGGGAAAGACACAGCAAGGCUGAGCUCUUCCGAAAUGACAAGUUGAAGGAAAGGCUGAAAGACUUCAAGACAGCAAACAGCAAGAAGCGGCAAGCCUUUGUAUCAAGGUACGAGCGACUGCUUACUGAAAAGGAGAAGGAGCACGAGGAGUUCAGGAAAAGCUGGGAAUCGAGGAGUUUGCAGCGCUCAGCAUCCGAAACGCUGCGGAGAAAAGAGAGGCCCGAGCUCCUGAAAGCAAGGGAGGAGGCCGAGCACUUUGCUGCCCUGGCAGCAGAGAACCGCGAGCGGCUGCGGCGGGCGAAUGCUUACGCUGUGGACCAGCAGAUCGAGAAGCUGCUGGCCAUCCGUCAGCGGGCCCAGGUUCUGGAGGACAGCAAGGCCGACGCCGACCGGCGGCGCAUGGUCGUGCUGCGGAAUACCGCCGUCACCAAACAUGAGCUGCAGCAUAAGGUAGAUCGCUUCAAGGAUGUAGGAGUGGACAAGAUGCUGAAGCUGCUGGAGGAUGUGGAGAUUGAGCCAGAGGCCGCGAAGAGGAUCAAUGACAUCCUCGCUGAGCUCAGCUUGCCUCCGCUUGGCGGGCAACUCGAUGGCUCAAAGAAGGUCAGCGGAGACAUUGAAGAUCGCAGAGCCAUGGCGCAUGCUGAGGAACUUCCAUGGGACAGAGAUGCCUGGGUUCUCUUCGUUCUCAUCCUGGUGAAUUUCUUCUCCUGCCAAUUCGGACAUGGAUCGAACAUUGGGGUGGCUGUCUCGCUGCCCGGGAACUCGAAGGCCAUGAACUUGGCCCUUGGAUCGUGGGUGAUGGUGGGUGUGUGCUUGGGCUUACCCCUCACACCAUGGGCUUGCAGGACCUUUGGAGAAUUCAAUGUUGUCGUUGUUUGCACAUUCCUCGACGUUAUAGCCAUGCUGCUGAUGACAGUGCCGGGUAUCACGCUGCACCAGAUUUAUGCGGUUCGCUUCCUCGUCGGGUUCUUUGAAGCGCCCUUUCUUCCCUACUUGCAGGGGUGGCUGGCUCGCCAUGGCAGCCACAACUGGAAUGUCUGGAACGCGAUCUUGCAUGCCAUGGUGCCCCUUGGUGAAAACGUCGGCUUCAUCGUGGCACAGGAGUUAGUGAGCGCUGGACUUCACUGGCGCUGGGCUUUCGCAGGGCAAGCUUUGGUCUUUGGUGGCACUGCCCUGCUGUGUUUGGCCUACGGCGGGCGCCGCUACCUAGACCUGUCAGAAGACCGUUCAACAAAGCGGAUGGACAGUGAGGAGGAGAAGCCCGCAAGUGAAGUGGAGUACCCCAGCACAGAGCGAUGGGGCGUGUACUGGGGGACCAAUGUGUCGCUUGCAGCGCAGCUGGGGUUCCUGGGCGGGUGUAAAUAUGUCAUUCGCGACUACGCUACGUCAUUGGGCUUUGGCCUCCACCUGAUUCUUUGCACCUUCUCUGGUAUUGCGCUGAUUGGCCCCGCCUUAGGUGGCAGCAUUGCAAUGUCGGGCAGCGUGGUGCAACCGGACAAGUGGAGCCAACACAGAAGGACGUUGAUAUUCCUGGCAUCUGUAUCAAGUAUGGCGGCAGUUCUUGCAGCAUUGCUGCCAUACGUACCCAGCUCCUGCUUCUGGCCCGCGCUGUUCCUAACUUUUUUCAUCGCCGGUGGCGUGUAUCCUGCCGCGCAGGGGAUUAUCAACAUCGCAUUGACAGGACACCGAGUUAUCGAAGCUUCCGUGUACCAGGUGCAGUGCAAUAACCUCCUCUUUGCCAUGCCCAUGCCUUAUGCCAUCGGCAAG